CCUUGACAACUGAUUCAGUGUGAGGGAUUCUGCAACUUUUGCUGUGUUUUGACGUGGGAUUUCUCUUCAUUCUGAGUUUAAAGACGGUAAGAAGACAAACCAACAAAUUGUCGCCAACAAUGAGUCGUCUCUAUGACACUGUGGAGCCUGCUGUCAUUGAUGAAGACAUGCUACAAAAGGCAGUAGAGGAGCAAGGACCCAAGGAUGAAGCUGGACGAAUCGCUAAACAGGAAGGCAUCGACUUCACAGAUGUGACACAGCUCAGACUUGACUUCAAAAAUAUUUUGAAGGUGGAUAAUCUCUGGCAGUUCAACAACCUGGUCAAACUUCAGUUGGAUAAUAAUAUCAUAGAGAGAAUUGAGGGCCUGAAAACACUGUCAAACCUGGUGUGGCUGGAUUUGUCCUUCAACAACAUUGAGGUGAUUGAUGGACUUGACCAUUUGCCGAAGCUGGAAGAUUUGACACUCUACAACAAUAGAAUCAGUUCACUGGAGAAUAUGGACCAGCUCACAAGACUACAUGUCUUCUCCAUAGGAAACAACAACCUUGGUAAUCUGGAAAAUCUGGUCUACCUGCGGAAGUUUAAGAAUCUGCAGACCCUGAACCUCGGUGGCAAUCCAUUCUGCGAAGAUGACAACUACAAACCUUUUGUCGUUGCGCAUGUACCUACGCUCGUCUAUCUAGACUUCAGAUUGAUCGAUCAAAAUACGAGGACGGCAGCCAUGGAACAGUAUCGCUAUGCCAUUGAGGAGCUAGUGGCUGAUGAGACGGCAGUAGAAAACAAACGUAUCACACAAGAGGAGAGAGACAAAUUAUUCUCAAGGCAGAAGGAUGCCUAUGUAGAGAAUCUCGAUGGGCCACAUCUAUUUGACAGCAUGUUCACUGAUGACCCAGAGGCUCCCAAGCUAGGAGCUCUUCCAGGCGUUGAUGAACUGCUUGUUGUGUUCAAAGAGAAGAUGGUCGCUAUCUGCAAACAGGUCUUCGAGCUCGGCCUACAGGAGCAUGCCAAGAGGCAGAGAGAGGUGGAUGAAUUCUAUGCCUGCGUCAAGGAGGCCAAGGUGGAGAACAAAGAUAUGGGCAUCGUUAAGAUAGAGCAGUUCAAUAAAUACAAGAAAAAGGUGUUUGGUGACUUUGCUGUCAUCACCGAUCCCAAGAUGCUGGAGAAUAAGGUGCAGGAGUUCAACAAUGAGGUGACUAAGCUCUGGGAUAACCUGAUGGGCUUUGAGCUUCAGCUAGUGGACCAGCUAGAGGACACCAUCAGAGAUUUUGAGAGAGCAAUGGCGGACAUGGUGGCCAUCUUUGUAGAGCAGGUUCAAGGACUAAUAUCCCAGAUACGUGACUUGGAGAAUAUCCAUCAUGAGCGCAUCUUAGAGAUUGCCAUUAUCACCCUGGAGAAAUAUGUCAAGAAUGAACUGGAUGACGAGAUACCUGAAGAGCUCAGACUGUUGUUGGUUGACAAGGAUACCAUCACCAAUGCCGUCAGCGCCUCGCACGACACCCACAUGUUAAAGAUCGACAAUCGAGAAGACGACAUAAUCCAGAGGGCCAACGGUUGGUUGGCUGCACUCAUGGAGCGCAUCCACCAGGAGGAAGAGGUCACAAGGAACAGGGAUCGAGUCAAGGAGAUCAACAACUUCAUUGAUCACCUGAGGGAUGACUUGGAUAAUUUGGACCUUCAGACCGGGAUAUAAAGGGGUGUUUUUGUUGCUGUCAGCAGAGGAUAGGGAGAUAAAGGGGAGUAAAUAUAACCACUUGGUUACCAUCAGAAAGAGUUAUUUAGUCCCUGUCAACCAUUUUGUUUCAUUUUCAUUUGGAUAAUUUGGGCCCUCAGACUAGGAUAUGAGGGGUGGUUUGGGGGUGUCAGAGGAGGGGAGGUAUAGGGGAGUAAAGGUCCACUUGGAUACCUUUAGGAAGAGUUCUUAAGUCCAUGUCAAUUGUUGAUUUGUUAAUACAACUUCAUUUGGAUAACUUGGACCUUCAGACUGGGAUAUGAGGGGUGGUGUUUUUGGUGUCAGAGGAGGAGGGGGAGGUAUUGAGGAGUAAUUAAACAGCAACCACUGGAUACCAUCAGAAAGAUUUCUUUAGUUCCACCAGUAGUCGAGCAUUCUCCUGAAGAGUUUACUGUUUGAAACGUCUUUUCAGAGCCAACACUCCCACAAACGAGAUUUACACAUGGUUUUUUACCCAGGUCUACUAUUUGUUUAUGGUUUCGUUUGAAUAAUUUGAACCUUCAAACUUGGUUAUUAGGGUAGUGUAUUUAGUGUCAGAGGAGGGAAGGUUUAUGGGGUAAAAUAUCUGUUUGGGUACGACAGAAAGAGUUUUUUAGUUUCUGUCAAAGAUUUUGAUUACAACUUCAAAUAUUUGUAGGUUAAUUCAGGCCCUGGUAUCACAUUGACAUUGAACUUGCUAUUUAAUGUGUUUACUCUUCCAUGUAACUUUAAAAAAAGUUGGCUUAAUGGUGCAGAAUUCGAGUCAUUCCAACAUUCUAAUUUUCAAGGAAAAUGUAUGACUAAUCUAGUGCCAACUUUCACUGAAUUAAAGAGGAACUCACUGGCACUUUCAUUAGAGAAGGUUUGUGUUUGGUAAUCGCUCUGUAAGUUAAUGGCAAUAACAAACUUAGUUGGUUAAAAGUACAGCAGCUUUCCAUAGUAUAAAGCAUUUUGAGAAACUUAUCACUUCAAAGUUAUGUGGUUUUGUUUUUAUCCCCCAAAAUGAGAAAAGCGUUACUGCAGUAAUGUUUCUCUUAAUUGUGUCUUCCUAGAGAUUAUAAUUUCUGCCUGGAAUUACAUGUAAUCCGCUCCGAUUUUUUUAAACUCAAAAAUGCUACUGCCCUUUGAAAUGAAAGUUUCACUUGCUACUGUUAUUGUAUAAAAAUCUUCAUUUAUAAAGGAUAGAAACCAGGUUUUUUUUGUUCAGACGUUUGCUUUUGUUUGUUCUGCUUCUUGCCUGUCUGGUGAAAAGAUUGGUCUCUGACAAAAAUACAAAUAAACGGUCAAACUUUUUAUACACGAACAAGAAAAAACUACAGGCCAACUUGCAUCGUUUUUAAAUUUGCUUCCACCAAAUUUAGGAGUCUCCUAUUGGGGUUUGGUUUUGGUUUGCUAGGAGUGCUUUUUCAAACAACUUCCGUCCAUUUUGAUACCCCAUUUCCGUCCAUGUUUAAGGAUAACUGAGUUUAAAGUUUUUGUCUUAGUCAUGUAGAAUACCAUACUUGUAAAUAUUUUUGUAUAUAAAUGCUCCCUGUGACAUUUGUGUGUAUAUUUUACUGCAAAAACUGUACUGAACUUAAAUACCGCCCAUCCAAUGCGAAUUUGAGAUAUUAUGAUUAUGUUUAUAAUUCUGAUUCAAAUGUGUUGCUUCAUGAUAAUAAUAAAUAUAUCAUAUGAUAAUAAACACAAGGAUUUGUUAUUUACUUCAUGUUGUCUGUGCCAACUUAAAAUUAAUUAAGUUUUGUUGUUACAAUAUUUGGGGUUAACAGCAAACAGAGAGGACAUUGUAUUAUACAUUUCUUAAAAUAGUUUUUCCCGCCCAAUUUCAACAAAAGUACAUUAACUUUUAACAUCCGGCUCAUGAAAAUUGGUUUCAAAUUUGUUUUCCGUUGAAUCAACAUUGAACAGUCCAAGCGAAUAUUCACGCAGAAGAAUACUCCUUAAAGGAACACAAUACGCAAUCUGAGAGGCAUUACCACGGUGAUGCUUUUUAUAUUUAAAUUUUGUGGAUGAAAGUGAUAUCUUUUCCGAUAAAAAUCGUAUCACUUCCAAGUGAAAUGUUUCUCAAAAUGUAUUGUACUAAUCACAGCUCCUGUAGGUUCACAUACAAUCUCUUCAAAUGCCUAUAAAUGAAAUAGAAUGACUCACUGAAGCGAAUCUGAAUCAUAAGAAAAAUAAUGAUGUGUGUUAUGGGUUCAUUAGAUUGAGACUUCAAGGAAAGAGGCAUUAAAAUACGCACUUGACUUGUUUAAACUGUUGGUCAUGAAAUUGAGUUUGAGAACUUGUGAAAUAAGGUUAAUGUUUUUUUCUGGUUUUUUUAAACCUUUAUCUUAACCAAGUCAAGGGGGAAGACAUUGUGUUUUCUUUUGAGAUAAGUUCCUAGGUUUUGUUUUUUUACCCGAAAAGGUCAAAUUUUUAUGAAAAUUCUGUAAACGACAAAAACUUGUCUUGAAAAAAGAGGUACUUUAUUUUUUAAUAUAUGUAAUAUAUAAUAUGUAAUAUGGAAUAUGUAAUAAUAAUUAUGUUUUUCAUCAAAGCAUAAGUGAAAAGUACACUUUAAGUCCACAAUUAUGUAGUGCAGAUUUAGAGGUUUAACUUUAAACAGAAACUUUAAAAUGUUGUGGAAUUUCUUUGUGGUAUUCAUCAAGGUUAAAUAUUACUUUAUCUUCGAGCAAACUUUAAUCCUUGCUUCUGAUUGGUCAAACCAUAGCAACAAGGGUGUGAUGUUAUAAGUUAUCACACAAGUGCGAGUGGUGGAAUACGGAAAAAUAUAGCGCUUCUGCGUCCCAUAUCCAACGAGGCCGAAGGUCAAGUUGGAUUUGUGACUCAGAUGCGCUUUAUUUUCGCUAUUUCCAAGAGCGCGAGUGUGAUCACAUAUUUUUCUUCAAGCAAACUUGGCGCAAAACAUAGAACACACAAGACGCAGGUAGUGAUAUUAGCCGUGC